AUGGAGUCCACACUCCACAAAGGUGGAGCUGCAGGUGUGGUGCACCCAGUAGCAGCCCCUCAGGGUGGUUUGCAGCCCCUUGCUGAGGUGGCAGAGCCUGCCGACCUGGGAAAGGUGGAGGGAGACAAGAGUCAACCUGGACACCCAGCAGGAGCAGGACAUAUACAGGUGGUGUACUCACUUGACAGCUCUCCGUCCUCCUCGGACAGUGAGGAUGAAGACUCAUUUAUCACUUUCGCCAACAAAGGAGGUAGCUCUUCAGGCAGUGACAGUGAGGAUGACAAGAAGAAGAAGAAGAAGAAGAAGAAGAAAAAGGAAGAGGAGAAGGAGUACGUCUGGGACAAUGUCAUCAUAUAUCAGUCUGGUACCGAAGGCCAAAUGGAAGAGCCGUCUGCAGAGGGACAGAGUUUGAGCCAGCCUCAGGGUCUCGACUCAUCAGAUGAGGAGGAUGACAAGAAGAAAGAGAAAAAGAAGAAGAAGAAGAAGGACAAGAAGAAGAAGAAGAAGAAGAAAAAGAAGACGAAGAAGAAGAAGAAGAAGCAGGAUUCCUGUUCUUCCUCAUCUGAUAGUUCAUCCUCUGACAGUGAAGAUGAAAAGAAGAAGAAGAAGAAGAAGAAAAAGAAGAAGGACUCCAGCUCCUCUUCCUCAGAUAGCUCUUCUUCAUCUUCUUCUGACAGACCUGAUGAGGAGCAGGAGGAGAUCAGCAGUGGUGCUGCUCUUUCAGCAGCUGAUGGUGAGAUUGCAGGAUCAAGUGCUGAUGGAGAUAAAAAGAAAGCUAAAGAUGCCGACAAGCAGGAUUCUUGCUCAUGUUCAGAUAGUGAUGAUGACAAAAAAGACAAGAAGAAGAAAAAGAAGAAGAAGGAAAAGGAUUCCAGCUCUUCCUCCUCAUCCUCCUCCUCCUCUUCCUCAUCUGAUAGAUUCCAGCUCUUCCUCCUCUUCCUCCUCCUCCUCCUCAUCUGA